UAAUGUGUCCGUACACGUUCCCGGAAGUCAAGCGGAAGUGGAAAUGUCUUUCUACUUUGUACAGUAGACGACAUAUAUUUCGUGCAACUUUAUUAUUGUGUGUCCGUGUCCUGCUGUCAUGGCUCGUCACCAAGACCUGACGGCCAUUGUAUUCAAAGUGGUGGUGGUUUACCUGAUGCUUUCUUUAGUACAAGCUGCUGGGGAAAAGAAUUUUGAGGACGCCCGGUGUAAAUGUAUUUGUCCACCAUAUAAAGAUAAACCUGGAAAUAUAUUCAACAAAAAUGUGACACAAAAAGAUUGUGACUGUCUCCAUGUGGUUAUACCCAUGCCUGUACCAGGACCAGAUGUUGAGGCUUACUGUCUACGCUGUGAAUGUAAAUAUGAGGAGAGAAGCUCGGUCACAAUAAAGGUUACAAUUAUAAUUUACCUGUCCAUACUCGGCCUUCUUCUGUUGUACAUGAUUUACCUAACUCUGGUGGAACCCAUGCUGAAAAGACGUUUGUUUGGUCAUUCACAGCUCAUACAAAAUGACGAUGAUGUAGGGGAUCACCAGCCUUUUGCCAAUGCUCAUGAUGUACUUGCGCGAUCAAGGAGCCGUGCAAAUGUAUUAAACAAAGUGGAAUAUGCUCAGCAGCGCUGGAAAUUACAGGUGCAGGAGCAACGCAAGUCUGUGUUUGACCGCCAUGUUGUAUUGAGCUAAUCAGCAAGUGUACUCUGGGUCCUCAUCACGUGGAUUAUAAGAGCCCUCCUCGCAUUGUCUUCCCAAUACCAUCCCUCUUAUCCAGUCUCGUUAUCUUAAUGAGGCUACUGUUUAGUGUUGAGGUUCCUCAUGGGAAGAUGUCUGCAAUCAGAGGGGAGAAAAAAUGUGAAAUAAAAACCUGUUCGGUUAAAUCUUGAAAUUUAAAUUGCAUUUAAUGAGAGCGGUGAAGCGCUGUGGAUAAAAUGGUUAAAUUAUUAUAAACCCGCUUCAUGUAUGUAAAUCUGUAUCUAUAUAUUCACUACUGAUUUUGUUUCAUUUAUUUACUGCCAAAUUUUGAUUUAUUAGAUCUUAAAAGAUUAAUUGAAGCUCUUCAGCUUGAUUGCAAAUAUAUAUUUAUCUUGUGUUUCUGUAGCAAAUGUCACAUUGAAUACUCUAAUCGCACUGUUUACUGCUAGCUGGCUUGUUUAUCCAUUGCAUGAACGUCAAUGUCCCCUCUUUGAAAUGACUAAUUACUUUAUUGCUGUUAUCUCUUACUAUAACUGUUUAUGCCAUUGAUUGAAGGACUGUCUCAGUAUUCCACUUUUUUUCUAUUUAAAGACCAUGGUAUGGAUGCCCCAAAAUGUCUACACCUACCUUAUACAACAGAACAUACAAGCAGCUGGUUUUAGGGAGCAAGAGUUCUGCUACAGCCGCCACUUGCUUUGAAGACAAUUGCUAACACGUAUAUGUUUGAUUAGCUACAAUAUUUUUAAGAUACUCUAUAUAUGCACAAUUUUUAUAAGCUUUGGAAAGAAAAUUGGCGGCGUUGGCAAAAUUUUAUGUUCUCAACACGGAUUACCCCCGCAGUUUAAAAUUUUGUAUUUAGACAAAAAUGUCAGGAUAAAAAAUCAUUGCAGUUUGUUAAAUGCUGACUAUUUAUUUACUGGCCAAGGUGAGCAACAUUUAUAAUUCAAUUGUUUAAUGACAUUUAGGAUUUUACCACAUUUAUUAACCUGUAAAAUGCAUGUCUCUUUCCGUGGUUUGUGCUGAAAACUAUCCCCAAAUGAAAUGUACUCUUAGACGUACGCAGCUAGGCUGCACUAAUGCUGGGAGAGUCAUCCGAUGUCUAAAAUGGUUUUAUAGUGUAUAUAGUUGCUCACCCCCCUACCUUUCUCCAAAAACGAAUGCACAGACCCUUAAUUGUAUAUACGAUAGUUUUGCCUUAAUCUGCUAUUUGGGUUCACUUGAUAGAAAUAAAUUGAAUAAACCUUAUUACUGAUGUCAUUUGCAAUGUUAGCAUAAACUUAAUGUAAAUGGAUGUGCAUCUUCAUCUCAUUGUACCUAUUUUGUAUGACUGAGAAUAAUAAAUAUCUAAACCUGUGUUCUCACGUUGUGUUUAGUUGUACACA